GAGAGGUCAGGGAGGCCGGAGGAGCCGGCGUCUGUCUUGGCGGCUGGCAGCCAGUCAGUCGGGAGGGAAGGAGAGGAGGGCUGGACGCUUCCGCCAGGCUCCCCCCUUCAUGGCGGCCCGCCGGCUCCGGGAAGUCUGGCAAGCGGGAGCGCGGGGAGCGCUGAGAGCCAGGGCGGCCCCGGCUGGAGGUUUCAGGUACAUGCCAUCCUGUGGGAUUUUGAUGAUCCGAGCUCCCCGGGUUGCUAGCAGUCUUGAUUUGGAUUGUACUACUCAGCACAGCCGGAGUUUUAUCAACUUCACAGCACCGUUCACCAACAAACGAAAGGAAUACUCAGAAAGGCGAAUCAUUGGUUACUCUAUGCAGGAGAUGUAUGAUGUUGUGUCCAAUGUGGACGAAUACAAGGAUUUUGUUCCAUGGUGCAAGAAGUCAGUAGUGGUUUCUAAGCGCACAGGCCAUGUGAAAGCCCAGCUGGAAGUCGGAUUCCCUCCGGUUAUGGAACGUUAUACAUCCAUUGUGACACUGGUGCGGCCCCAUUUGGUGAAGGCUGUCUGCACUGAUGGAAAACUCUUCAACCACCUAGAGACAAACUGGCGUUUCAGCCCAGGCAUUCCAGGUUACCCUCGCACAUGCACAGUGGACUUCUCAAUUUCUUUUGAGUUUCGUUCCCUGCUGCACUCACAGCUGGCUACGGUCUUCUUUGAUGAGGUGGUCAAGCAGAUGGUGGCAGCCUUUGAACGGCGAGCAGCAAAAAACUUCGGUCCGGAGACUCGCAUUCCCCGAGAGCUUAUGUUCCACGAGGUCCAUCAGACGUGAAGGCUUACCUCCAUUACUUUGGUGGCUGCACUGACAUUUAGUGCUGGGGAAGUGUGUGGCUUUCCCAGUCUUCCUGUUUUUAUCUAUUUAUUUGGUUUCUCCUGGUUAUCCUGUCUAAUUUAUCCACUGGGCUUGGUGUGAUGAAAGAGACUUAUUCCUAAAGAAGGGGCCAGGCUGUUGUGUUACCUCUGGAGCAAUCUCUCCACCUGCUGUCUUGCCUGGCCAUGCUCUUAUGCUGGGUCAUACAUAUACUAUACAUACAUACAUACAUACAUAUAUAUAUAUAUUGUAGCACAGAUUUAUUUGAAGUCCUCUACUCUCUUCCCCUUUUUAAAAUCUGAAGAUUAGCCCUCCUUUCAUCCUCCCCUGUCAUGUAUCCCAGUGUGGCUGCCUUAGGCUGCGGACAGUGCCAAUCCUGCUUCUCAGAUGAGAGAAGGCAGAAACUCUUGGGUGUUAGCUGGAUCUCUUUCUGUGCCUAGUGAAGGAUCUGUUGGAAACUGUGCCUCUUAAAUCAUGAGUUUAAAACAAAAUACAAGCACCUGGCCAUGGGUGCUUUCUGGUAACAGAAGGAAGGAUGUAGGGGUGAAGAGUCUGUACCUGUUGCCUGACAGUCUCAUUGGGGUUGGUUUUGUGGGCCUCUGAUGGCUUCAUCCUGCUCUGAACAGAUUGGAGUCAAAUGGAGGGAAUGCAAAAGUAGCAGAUGCCAGGCAGGAUAACAGGGCAAUGUCUGGCUUCUGUUACAGGAGAUGGUGGAGAACCAAGGAUGUUUAAUAGUUGCUGCCUUGAGGCUGCAAACGUUUUACCAGGAUGGCACCAUCAGGCUUGGAGUCUUUUUCCUCAUCCCAUUAGGCUAUGUGCAGGAGACUGGCACCUUGUCUGCCUUGCUGUGAUUGCCUUUUUUGGCUGUUAAGUAGCUGAAGGCAAAAAAGCUUGGAAGAUGAGUGCCAAAUUAAGGCUAAGGAAGAGAUGGCUCUUGGAGCCUAGAUUAUUUUAGAAAUGAGAAAGUAGAAGUCCCCAUUGGGAGUAUUUUUUUUAUCACCGUGUGUGUGGAAUAAAUAUUUCCUGUUGAUAGGCUACCAAAAUGAUCUCUAAAAUCCAGGGUGGCAUAACUUCCUAAUUGAUUUAAAUUUAUACUCGAAUGCCACUUGGACCUCCAGUGCUGUGUGUCCUCUCUCAGGAACUUCUGUGACUAAGGCAUCUUGGGAAUUAUCAAGAUAGUGAAAUCAGAUAAAAUUCAGUUGACGUUUUCCAUUUUCCUGGUGCUUAUCAUCACUUGUUGCUAUCAACUAAGGGUCUGGGCACUGGCACUAUGUGGCUGCUGCUUCAGGAACUAGAUGGCCACCUCACCAUAAUCAUGGUUCCUCUGCCAUCAGUUUAGUCCUGUACCAAGAGAGAAGGCCAUGUCUUCUGGUGUUUCAGGAGGUGACGAUCCCAUUAUGUAGACUGCUAUCUCCAGUUAUGCUAUGGAUAAGGGCAAUUGGAAAACUGCUGAUCCAGGAUGAUGUUGUAAAUCCUGUAGCAUUCUAGUUCUAAGCUAUUUUUAAAGUGAACUGUUACAAACCUGCUGCAUGCCCUAUAGUUCUCCCAGAAACCCCAAGCUCUUGAACAAGCUGUGUAGCACUAAGUCCUUUUUUGCACUACAACUCUUGGAAUUUCCCAGUAUGUUUGCCACUGGCCACACUGGCUGACAGUUGUCGAAAAAGGCUUUCCUGAGCCCUGCAGAAACCAUCUCCUUUUCUGUAGCCUUGUAGGCAUCUCCUAAUCCCAUUUGAGAGAACCAUUUAUAAUGCCCAACUUGUUUUUAAAGCCAGUUCCCUCUUCUUGGUUUGCAAAGAAGUUUUAUCUAUGUUAGAUGCACAUUUUGCACAAGCUGCAUGCACGCACAUGAUCGCCAGGGUUGGGAACAAGCUCUAUCUCAGCUAAAUGUCUAGAGAGAGGGGCCACCCAAACACACACACCCAUGUCCCACAGGACUGAACCAAGGGCUGGCCUGUGCAGUGUGGUUUGGGGGGGUAGUGUGCCUAUGCAUGUGUAAUUGCUAUUGCAGAGGUGUACAAUUGGGCAGGUAUGAGGGCGAAUGAGCAAUUGGUGUGUAUCUUUCUAUUAACUAUCUGUUGACUCUAGCUUCUUGAGGCUUUCUGCCCAAUGUUCAAGAAAUGUGGAGCAACAUUUUUCUGGAAAGAUGUGGUAUAAAUGUCAUCAAUAAAGAAUUAAUAAACAUUGUCACGGGGGAACAGAAGUAGAUAGUCAAGGCCCCGCUCUUUGCGAUCCUGUUCAGCAGUCGAGACCAUCCCACUUGCUUCAGUGUAAUGCUGUAAAGCUCUCCGUGAAGUGGAGUGGGACACUUCUUGUGAGUGAAUGGCUUGGCAGAGGUGACUAAAAUAAUCUUUUGAAACCAGAAUCCCCAGGCUGGCCUAGACUGUAGAUCAAAGCCAGCCAUAUUCAGGUAAUAGAAGGUAAACAACAGCUGUAAAACUACUGGGAAGACCUGGUUUGUGCUCUGACCAAGCUAUGUCAUGAAAGAUGAGGAGGAAAGAGGAUGCCUGUUGUGGUAUAGACGGCUGUUUCCUUUUGUCUUAAGGCAGAGUUGGGCCUAUGCUUGGCUUUUUUGCCAAGUGGACCUGCUGGUUGUAUGUCUGCCUCUGAAUCUUUGGGUUUACAGUUGUGGUCCAGCUCUGGAAACAUUGCCACUUGCUAUGCUGAGCUUGCAACCCAGCUGAGGCAGCUUCCACAAGUCAGUCUUCUCUCCCCCUUCACCAGUGUUGAAUAUCAUCUGCCAGCAGUGCAGAGCUGCAUUGUGAUCACACAGGCUUGCAUGGAUUUUGCCCUACGGUUAGUGUCCUUUGCUAAGAUGUUCCUUUGGUUUUUCAUAUUCACUCAUUUCAUAUUUACAUGGAUUCCCCUCCCUUCUGACUCUCAAAUUGUACAAAUGGAAAGAAGCAUGGUUCCAAUCCUGUCCUUUGGGGGCAUUGAAACUAUUGUUUCUGUAGUUCUAUACAGAAAGACAAACAGUUGAGGACAAUACCCAUUAGUGGUCUCAUCUUAACCCUUUUGGGGAGGAAAGGAUUUGCAUUUUUGAGCUCACUGUUUCCCAGCAUGUUUGUCUAAACAAGAGCUUAUCUCAUUGAAAAAUGGGAAACAUGCAUGCUAGGUCCACAGCAGAAAGUUACCUCAUGUCAGCUCCUGUCCGGCUCUGCUUGGAAUACCUAAUCUGGUUUCAUUGCCAUUGUGAUCCAAAGUGGGCCUCACAGAGAAAAGGGUAUACUGUAGCUAGCAUGACCUGGGAUGCAUGUGGGUAUGGGAAAGCAUACAAUGUAGCAAUGAAACCAUGCAGGAGGGAAGGAAAACAAGCAUUCAAAGCAGUAGUAUAUACAUGAACAAUGCAGGCAGAGGAUGUUUGUGCCAUUGCUUUUACUAUCAGAAGCAAUAAUUUCUCCUGCCCUCUGGCAAUCCUAAUGAAGGCUGUGAUCUUAGUCAUACUUACUUGGGAGUAAGAUCCCUUGAACUUAGUUGCUUAGGGCUGUGCUUCUUCAGACUAGUUGCUUGUUGUGUCUGGGGGCUCUUAAGAGGAGGCCUGGAGUUUGCCAGAGACUAGUGGUUGCUUAUGAGCAAGUCUUGACUUCAGGGGUCUUGCUUUUCCUUGGGAUAAUGUGAUAUACUAGUAUGCUGCUGUUCCAGAUACCAAAUGUCCCUGCCAAGCCCCAGAAUGUUUGUGUAGAAUUCACCUUCUGGGAGAAUCUUAGCUUUCUUCCUCUUAAAAAAAAGUUUGUAGCUCUUACGAGCUAUGACUUGCAACUUUAAAAUGAGUAGGUAGUUUCUCAUGAAAUCCCAGAGGUAGUAGGGGCUGAAGUUUGUCUGUUCCUGUGAUUUUCAUAGCAGUAAGAGUUGCAGGAUAGGCUGUGAAAUUUUAAAAAGCACCACUAUAUCUUUUCAAUUUGCAUAAUUUACACAAACCAUGAAACUCAAUUGUGUUUCCUUUGACUCAACACACUUGUGUGUGCACACACUCUCUCUCCAUGCCUUGAAUUACUUAUCUACAGGCAGCCCUUCACCACCUGUGGCUCCAUGGCAAUAUUAUCUGCAUACUACAUACAUUUGGUUUCUCCAUGGAUGCCCUAUAUGCAUAUUGCUUUUGAAAGCAGAUUCUUGAGAACCAUGUUGUCAUGACUGUGGAUACUUUGGGGCAGAUAUCUGUCCUGAAAAAUUGCUGGAUGUCAUUGUGCUAUUGCCAAAGCAAUAUUUUUAACACUCUCUUUAUGUUUCUUGGUUCCUGAGCCUACUAGCCAGUUGCACUUGAGCUUUCCUUCAAGCAAGGUGAUCAUCAUCAAUCUGGGAACUUAAAAGUGCCACCUACUAUCAAAAGGGAAGGGGAAAUGUUGCAUUUAGUCAUUUAUUGGGUAUGAACCAAGCCCAGCUAACUAUUAAUGAAGAUAUAGCAAGCUGUUUCUGGCCACUGGAAAAGAUGGGCGGUAGACUAGAUCUAAAUACAGACAAGUCUUUUUCUGCUACCAGAAGAUACGCUAGUAGUUCUGCUGUUACUCCAAAUUAUGGUAAUUUGAUCCCUGAGUCAUGGUUAAUAUUUUCCAUCAUCUACACUCAACCACCUUUUAAACUGCGAAAGUUAAAUUGUUCAUGCAGCUGAUCUGACUGAAGUUAAGUUAGGCCUGAUGAACUUCAGUUGCUGUAGGAUACAUAACUGAUAGGGGUACACAACCAAGUGUGUCCAAGUUGAAGGCUUGUUUUUAAGCUUGCAUAAACUCAGCAAUGCUUUAUUUGUGGCUUGCUUGCACAGAUAUCUUUCCUUCCAGACCAGCUGGUUCUUAAUACAGCUGCCCCCUGCGCCAUCCAGUGAGGCUGGAGCUCUUAAACUUUUCAUAUACCACCUUGUUAAACUCCUGGUCUUGCUAGUUUCCCAUGAGCAAAGCAGCUCAGUCCUAAAUGUUGCAGUGCCUUCUGCUUCCAUUUUCCUACCAGCCUCAGCUGCCUCUUGCUUGUUAGACUGGCAUGUGCUACCUCAGCUUGUAAGAAAGGGGAUGUUUCUAGAAAAAAAAAUGAAAUGUGUUUAUGAAAUCAUGCACAGUAGGAGGAAAUCAUAGGUUUUUCCCUACCCUUUAACUGUGAAUCUUAUUUGAUAAUUGCAAAAAUCUCUGUGAGAAUGUUCAAAGACCGAACCAAUCCCACAACAUUUUUAUAGACCAAUUAAAAAAACUUGUUUGCAAAAGGA